AUGAGCCACAGCAACAUUCACUCAUCUUCCAGAUCGCUCAUUGAUCUUUGCCAUACUGGUGGUCAUAAAGCUCCUAGUCACAUUUCUUCACUUCAUCAUGGAGGUGUGCACACAGUACACCGUAAAAGCUCCUCCUUUUCUCACCAUGGUGGUCACUACAAAAUUCCUAGUGUGCAUGGAAAAACCACUAGGGUCUCAUUUUCCAGCCAUUCUUCCUCUGGCCAUAAACAUGGAUUAGGAAGUGGACAUGGUGGCCAUGACCAUGGUCAUGGAAGUAACAUAUCAGUCUCUGGAGGACACCAUCACUGGAAGAAUGCUGGUCUGCUAAGCAUCAAUGAGAAGGAGACCAUGCAACAUCUUAAUCAGCGAUUGUCAUCCUAUUUGGAGAAGGUUCAUUCUCUAGAACAAGAAAAUGCCCAGCUUGAGAAAAAGAUAUCUGAGUGGUAUGCCAACAAUGCCCCCAGUACAUUGCCCGACUCCAGCCAUUACUUCAGGACUAUACAAGAACUGCAGAACCAGGUUUUUACAGCCAAUGUGGAGAAUGCCAGAAUUAUCUUGCAAAUCGACAAUGCCCAGCUAGCUGCAGAUGACUUAAAAAGCAAAUAUGAGAUGGAGCUUAGUUUAAGAAACAGUGUUGAAGCAGAUGUUGGUGGCCUUCGAAAAGCCCAUGAAGAGCUCAACAUGCAAAGCCAAGACUUGGAGAUACAAGUCCGUUGCCUCCAAGAGGAAGUUCUCCAAUUAAAGAAAAACCAUGAAGAGGAUGUGAACUCUCUAAGAGCACAACUUGGUGCAAGAGUCAAUGUGGAGGUAGAGGCUGCACCAUCUGUAGAUCUAAACCAAGCCUUAUCUGAAGUCAGACAGCAAUAUGAGAACCUUAUGGAGAGGAACCUAAGAGAAGUUGAGAGCAUUUUCCUUGCAAGGAGUGAAGAGUUGAAUCGUCAAGUAAUUUCUGGCUGUGAGCAACUUCAAUCUGUGCAAACUGAGGUCAUUGAGCUUAAGCGCACUGUGCAGACCCUAGAGAUUGAACUACAGAGCCAGAUGAGCAUGAAAUCAGCUCUGGAGGGCACUUUGGCAGAGAUAGAAGCUACCUUUGGCUCCAAGCUUGCUGAACUGCAGUGCCUGAUCAAUGGUUUGGAGUCUGAUUUGGCACAGAUUCGGUCUGACCUAGAACGUCAAAACCACGAGUAUAAGACUCUCAUGGACGAGAAGACCCAUUUGGAGAUGGAGAUAGCCACCUACAAACGCUUGCUGGAUGGGCAUGACAUUGACCUCCCGCCUGAGCCUUGCCGAGCUCUCCCGACCUGCCAAACCCUAGUCCCUUGCCUCGCGACAGAUACGUCCCUGCCCGCAACCCCAUGCACCCCAAGCCCUAAAAGAGUAUUGCAGUAG